CCCGUCCCUUUUGCCCCUCCCUGUGUACUCUCUCUCAGGAUGGGGGAUGUCUAUCCCUAUAAAAGGCAUGUGUGUGCCCUGACAGGGUUUUAUUCCAGCCAUGGAGAGUCGGAGAGUCCUGUCAUCUUACAGGAAGCGUUUCGGGCCCCAGGGGGCUGGCAGCGUGGGUGGGGGCGUGCGGCUCAGCAGUCUCUCCUCCAGCCGCUUCUCCCUCCAUGGGAGUCCCCGCCACAUGACCCACUCCAGCACCAUUUCCCGUCUCUCUCUGGGGUCGGCUGGAGGGGCCCUGCUCCUGGGGACCCCUGGGAACCGGCUGGACUUCUCGGCUGACUCCCUCCUCAAGGCCCAGUACCGGGAGACGCGCACCAACGAGAAGGUGGAGAUGAUGGGUCUGAACGACCGCUUCGCCAGCUUUAUAGAGAAGGUGCGCUUCCUGGAGCAGCAGAACACGGUGCUGGUGACGGAGCUGACCCAACUGAGGGGGAAGGAGCCCAGCCGUCUGGGGGACAUCUUCCAGGAGGAGCUGAGGGAGCUGCGCAGGCAGGUGGACGGACUCAGCGCUGGGAAGGCCCGGCUGGAGAUAGAGAGGGACAACAUGGCUGCUGAUGUGGCCACACUCAAGCAGAGACUGCAAGAUGAGAUGGUUCUUAGACAGGAUGCAGAGAGCAACUUGAACGCCUUUAGACAGGAUGUGGAUGAGGCAUCUCUGAACCGUGUCCAGUUGGAGAGGAAGAUAGACGCACUGCAGGAUGAGAUUGCCUUCCUCAAGAAGAUUCACGAGGAGGAGCUGCGUGAGCUGCAGGAGCAGCUGAUGGCCCAGCAGGUCCAUGUAGACGUGGACGUGUCCAAGCCAGACCUGACCGCUGCUCUGAGGGACAUCCGGGUCCAGUAUGAGUCCGUGGCCUCCUCGAACAUUCAGGAGACGGAGGAGUGGUACCGCUCCAAGUUUGCCGACUUGACCGACGCAGCUACUCGGAAUGCAGACGCCUUGCGAUUGGCCAAACAGGAGGGCAACGAGUACCGCCGGCAACUCCAGGCCAUGACCUGUGAUGUGGAGGCGCUCCGUGGAACAAACGAGUCUCUGGAGCAGCAGCUGCGUGAGAUGGAGGACCGUUUCUCCGUGGAGACGGCUGGUUACCAGGAUAUGGUGGGUCAUCUGGAGGAGGAGAUCCAGACUCUGAAGGAGGGGAUGGCCAGACACCUGCAGGAGUACCAGGACCUGCUCAAUGUCAAACUGGCCCUGGACAUAGAGAUCGCUACCUACAGGAAGCUGCUGGAGGGAGAGGAGAGCAGGAUCACUGUUCCAAUGCAGAGCUUCUCCAAUCUGCAGUUCAGAGAGACCAGUAUGGACACUAAGUUCUCUCCAGAGGCCCAUGUCAAGAGGAGCAUCAUAGUGCGGACUGUGGAGACUAGAGACGGGGAGAUCAUUAAGGAGUCUACAGCUGAGAGGAAGGAGAUUCCUGACAGUCCUUAAAGGACACAAAUGGUGCUAGCUAUAUGUCUGUCAUACUGUCCCCACUCCCCAGUAACGCUUAGAGGCCUUGCAUGAUAAUGAUACCCUUUCCUGACCAGGCACCUCCCUCUUCUCCAAACCUCAAAGUCUCCCCAGUUGCAACCACCUCACCAUCCCCUUCCUCCCCUCUUCAUCAUCACCCCCAGACCAUGCUACAUCAUUAAAUACUUAGGAGUUGCAUUUUGUUGAAACAAAAAAAAAUCCCUCAUUGCAUCCUUGUUAGCAUUUUUGCCAAAAAAAUAUUAUUUUUGUAUUGCUGUAACUGGAGAUAGGCUUUAGUGCUGGGAAGUGUGGCCAUGCACCUUAAAAGGAAGGGUCUUGGACUACUACCCUUCGUGAGUUAAUGCUUGGAAAUUUAUAUUUUGUUCAGCUCAUAAUAGUGACAGAUCAGAGUGGGAAAUGUUCUCAAUGUGUUUGGAUAGUAGCCAGAGAGGAGGCCUUGAAAUGUAGUGAUUUUGUUAUUCAGCGAGUGGCAGAGGGGUCCUGCUGAAGUUGUGUGGUUUGAGUGGAUGUGAGAAGUCAAGAGGAAAGUACAGUUGCUGGGGUUAGCAGUGGACAGGAUGGGUCUCAGACAAGGAAGAUGAUGUGUGAAUGACAGUGCUUUUGGCAGAACUGUUGGUAAAAAGAAAGAAUCUGACGUAACUCUCCUCUAGGGUUACACGGUGUCUCCCUGAUGACAGCCCUCUCCAAGAAACCCUGAGGGAGGGGGGCUUGGAGGGUGGACGAGAGGAGCGGGGUUGGAGGGUUGGAGGAGAGGAGGAGAGGUGGGGGCUUGGAGGGUGGACGAGAGGAGGGGGUUGGAGGGUUGGAGGAGAGGAGGAGGGUUGGAGAAGAGGAGAGGAAGAGGGUUGGAGGAGGGUUGGAGGAGAUGAGGAGAGGAUGAGGGUUGGCAGGUGGCUGUCACAACACUAACUGUUAAUCCCAGCUCUCUCCAUCUGCUUAGAAACCUUGCUGACAUAAACAAACUGACACCCCUGUCACCUACCAUUCAGUACAGAUGGUGACUACAGACUGCUUUUCAUUCUUCACUAAAGACAAACCGUAACCAUCUUCUAAUGUGCCUGCCUUUCUUUCACAUCCCCCUUCCCUCUGCUUUGCCUUCGUGUCUUCACCCGUCAGCUCUAGAUACUAUUUCUUCUCUUCCUGUCUGUCUCUUACAGUAGCCACAGCUGAACCACACUGCAGUAGGUCUCAGAAAAACCUACAAGAUGUGAAUAUAACCUUAGUUUUGACCAACAUUAUGACAACCCGCUAACAACAAUAAAGCCAUUUUGUUUGAUUGGUA